AUGGUGACUUCCACCACUCCAUCCGCCGCCAUUGGCGACGCAGAAGCCUCGGGCCUGCAACAACCACAACAACAACAACAACAGCAGCAGCAGCAGCAACCGGAAGACCACCAAGAUGGCAGAGCACCCACCACGCGGGGUCCAACACCGCUUCUCACGCGCCUGCGCUUCCUCCUACGCAUCUACUCGAUGAAACUCGCCGUCUCGCUCUUCCUCCGGCUGACGCGCCUCGUUGCCAUCAUCACCCGCCGCUCCAACACCCUCCCCACAUACACGAAACGGUACGCGAUCCGUUCGCAGCUCAGCAAUCGCAUCUUCAUUCCCCGAUCCCACGUGGCCGGCACGACGCACCCUCUCCUCAUCAUGAUCCACGGAGGGGGCUUCGUGCUGUGCGAGCCCAGCUUCGACGACUUCUUCAACCGCGCCAUGGCCGACCAGCACGGCUUCAUCGUCGUGAGCGUGAAUUACCGGAAAUCACCUUCGCACGCGUUCCCGGUCCCGGUCCAUGACUGCGCGGAGAUCACGCGCGCGGUCCUCGCCGACGCGGACCUGCCCGUCGAUCUGGCGUCGUCGGGGCCCGCCUCCGUGACCCUGGGCGGAUUCUCCGCCGGGGGCAACCUCGCGCUGGCGGUCGCGCAACUGCCCGGCAUCAAGGAGCGCGUGGGGAGUAUCGUCCCCGUGUACCCUGUCGUGGACUUCACGGGGAAGUACAAGGGACCGUACCGCCCCACGCCGGACGGGAAGGAAGAUCGUCUGAAGGACAUGGGUCCGCUGUUCAGCUGGGCGUAUAUCCCCGCGGGCCAGGACUUGGCGGAUCCGCUGCUCUCGCCUAUUUGCGUCCAAACUCGGGAGGCCCUGCCGCAGAGGAUCUUCUUCGUAGGUGCGCAGUAUGAUUACCUGUGUCACGAGGCGGAGAUCAUGGCGAGGAAGCUUGCGUACGGGGGAAUUGAAGCCCCGAAGGAUAAGAUGGGCGACUUAGGCGAUGAGUGGGAGAAGGAUGGGAUUAAAUGGAGAACUGUCAAGGGUGUGGUCCAUGGGUGGACGCACGUGCCUGAGAAAGGGGAGAAGGAGGUUCUGAGGCAGAAUGAGUUGAAGAGGUUGUACAGGGAUAUCGCGGAGUGGUCGAAGGAGGAGUGA